GGGAUAGAAUAUUAGCAUACGGGUACAUGGUAUCAGGGGAAGGAAGAAACGAGAGCGUAGUAUUCAAGUAGUAACCUUACGUAACAGAAUACUAAUGACAUGGGAAAGUGAGAGUAAGUGCUCGUCGACACGUGGUAGAGGUCUCUAUUGACCUGGGAACGAAAGUACGUGAAUAGAAAGUACAUACCCCUUAUCUUCUCUUAUUCCAGGAAAGUACGAGGUAGGAAAGCAUUGUUUGCCGGACUAUCAACGUAGGAAAGUGCAAUUGCGGGCAAGAGUGGAACAAGUAGGUUACAAGGCGGUUGCUUCAUCAACAUCACGAAACAGGACAACAAGUCAUAACGCACAACAUACUUCAUUGCAAUUCUAACACGCACCUUCAACGUUGCUCAUUAUGGUUUUUCAACUAGAGGUAGCUGCCGCGGAAGACGCAGAUAUACUUGCAGAUAUGCAUCUCAACGCCUUCGCUCAAACGCCCUUGCAAUGCACUCUAUUUCCAACAGAAGACAGCCUUGCAGGCUUGCGUGAAUGUCUCAAACAGGAUGUCCUCCUAACUUUGAAAGAAGGAAACAUUGAGAGAACCAAUUUGGUAGUACGAGACACCGACGACAUGAACAAAAUCGUUGCAAUAGCCAAGUGGGAUUUACCAGAGAAGAUCGCACGGGCUAUUUGUCCUCUUGCUCAUAUAUUCCCUCCAAAGGAUGCCCGUGAGGACCUCAUUAAAGAGUACAGUGCUGCGCAGGAAUUUAAUAAGAUCAAGGUCAUGGGUGAUGCUCCAUGCUAUCGUCUCACUUCAGUCAUCACUCUGCCCAAAUAUAGGAGACGAGGAGCUGGAACUUUGUUGGUUAAUUGGGGUCUAUUAAAAGGGGAGAAAGAGAAAAUUCCCGUAUACUUGGAAAGUCCUAUUUCUACUUUGUCUUUCUUUCGAAAUUUGAGCUUCAUCUCCGUGGAUGAUUUUUCAAUAUCCUUGCCCCGGAAUCGAGCCUCCGCUUAUAUUCACAAAGAAUCAUGUAUGAUCCGAAUAUUUCGAGAUUGUGAUGUUAGAGAAGACGAAAUGGACUACUGGGAUUCAAGUCUCGAUAUCGAAAGUCUAAUGAUAGAUUACGAAGCUGGUGUCAAACCUCAACUCGUAGUGCAAGCUAUUUAUGACCGCAUUGAAGCAUAUCAAAAUAUACAACCAUCUUUGUGGAUUCACCUUCAACCCAUUGAAGAUGUUAUGGCCUCAGCUAGAGAUUUGUACAGGCGUUGGCCAGAUAGAUCUAAUAGGCCACCGCUGUGGGGUGUACCUUUCAGUGUUAAGGACAGCUUUGACAUUGCUGGGAUACCCACUACGAUCGGAUGUCAAACUCUUGCAUACACUCCUCACUCUUCAUCACUAGUCUAUCGACGAUGUAUCGACGCCGGUGCACUUUUUAUUGGAAAGACAAACAUGGAUCAACUAGCUACUGGCAUGACAGGUUGCAGAUCUCCAUUUGGCACUCUGCACUCGGUCCUCAGUCGACAUUACGUUGUUGGUGGAUCGAGUAGCGGUAGUGCCAUAAGUGUUGCUGAAGGUUUGGUUUCAUUUUCUUUGGGUAGUGAUACCGCAGGCUCGAUUCGAAUUCCGGCAAUGUUUAACAAUAUUGUUGGAUUCAAACCUACCAAAGGAACUGUUUCGGCUCAAGGGGUUGCGCCAGCUUGUCUCCAUCAGGACUGCGUUUCUUUUCUGGGUGUCACUUCUGAAGUCACUGAAAAAGUUUGGAGAGUAUGUCAGGGGUUUGAUAAAGAAGACUAUUUUGCCAAGCCUCCACCAUUCCAGAUCUCACCACGAGUACAUUCCGAGGAUGCCAGAGAUUUUGAGGAUUCCUUACCACCAUUCAAGUUUGGUACCCCACCCGACUCUGCGCUCGAGGUUUGCAGCCCCAUCUAUCAAAAGCAGUUCAAACUUGUAAUUGCAAUUCUGGAAGAGCUGGGCGGCCGGCGAGUGGCUUUAGACUGGACCCCCUUCGCAUCCGCCAACGAUCUUCUUUAUGGCGGUACGUUCGUUCUGGAGCGACUUACAACACUACCUGAUGGUUGGUUCGACAAAAAUAAAGACACACUUCACCCAGUCAUUCGCUCUGUUUUCGAAAAUGCACUUGCCCGUAAGAGCACGGCCAUUGAUGUAUUCAAAGAUCUGCAAAAACAAGCAAAGUACAAAAGAAUGGCCGAAGACAUUCUCACGCUAGAUGGUGAUUCUCACGAAUUAACCGUCAUGGUAGUUCCAACUGCACCUUUUCACCCCACCAUUGAAGAAGUAUCGAAAGAUCCCAUUGGCAUCAAUGAAAAGCUUGGCGUCUUUGCUCAUUUUGCCAAUGUCCUGGACCUAGUAGCUAUAGCGCUUCCUUGCGGGACUUAUAGGGUUGAAAUGGGUGAUAUGGAAAUUUUGCCGUUUGGUGUUACGAUCUUGGCAGGAACGGGAUUGGAUCGACAUCUUUUGCAUUUGGUUAAGAGAUUAGAAGACCCGUUGAGAGAUAUUGAAGACGACUUAGGAUCAAAUACCUCGCUAGCAGGGACCGACGAAGAUUCAACGAAAGAUGAUAGUUUGGAGAAUACGGUAACCAACAUCGAGACCGAUACAUUGGCAGAAGUUGAGGUAGAUAAGGGGAAACCUUUCGAGAAUAAUGGAAACUUGAAGGAAGUGUUGAGAAAUAUCGAGGAUGAAAUGUUGAAAGUUCAUUCGGACAAUGAUGAAGUAGAAGAAAAUCUGAGAGACGCCGAUGAGGACAUGAUGGAAUUUGCGAAGGAAAACAGUUCCAUUUAGAGGAUGUUUCAAUGACAACCAAACACUAUCCGGUGGAAGCUGACGAGUAUCAUGGUAUAUUGCAAGAAACGCCAAAAGACUUUUCAAGAAGAAGUAUCAAAGGUUGAUGAGGCAGGGCUAAGUUCUUAUCUUGGCUUUCGAUAAGGACAAGGACCUAAGCCAGAUACACAUUUUUCGGAUAGGUCAUUCCAGUCUCGGCUUCUACUGACCAAGCCGGGCCUGUACAGCAUUCUAUUGACAAUCCUGCAACGGCAGACAGCCUUGAAAGAUUGAUUGAGAGGGCUCAAAGAAUUUGCGCUAAGUAGUAAUUAAAUAGAUUGUUGUGGUCGAGAUCUGAAUAUAAUUACUACCUAUGUGUCAAUUCAUUGUUGAUAUUCACAUCCAAUUGUCUCAGAGGCGGAUUUUGGCCGCCAAUUAUAUAUCCAAAUACCAAUAUCUGCACUCUGUGUUACACUAGACGAGACGCCACAAUUCAGAAUUUUCAUUGAGCAUGCAACCAUUUUCCAUAUACAAUUAGGAACUUGCGAAUUGCGUCCGGCGCUCAUUGGUUUUGAGUGAAACCUAUAUAAUUCAUUAACGGAAACAAUAAUCUAAUAUUUUGUUUCGCUCAAAUAAUAGUAGUGCUCUAUGUAUUAUCAUCCUCAUCCAACACUAGCGCAGAUGCUACCCUGAUAUCUUGAUGACAAUUGUGAGAAGAAAGGAGGGCUGCGGGUCUGGGGUGUAUAGUUGACAUGAUGUUGGUCUAAACCUGGGAAAGCUUUAUGAUAAUAGAUCUAGCGGACUAAUUUUCAAUACACAUACAAUGAUCUCAUUAAAAAUUGUGGUGAAUAUCUAACUUGGUGGUUUCA